CCCAACAUUGAAUCAACUAUCAAAAAACGGUUCAUCAGCACCAGCAACGAUUCAUUUCGGUCAAUAGUCUGUUGAUAACCCCUGGAUUACUCAACUUUAUCAAGAGCCUUUUCAUAUAAGCUGAAAGUUUUUUCAAAUCAAGGAAGGGCACAAGCCGCCGUCACUAGCAAGAUGUCAACAACAACAACUGAAUUUAACGAGCAAGACCUUAAACCAUCAACUUGUAUCGCGUGUCGACUCAGGAGAAAAAGAUGUGACAGAAAACAGCCUAUAUGUACAAGUUGUGAAGAGCUAAACAUCUCUCAGGAUCUUUGUGUUUGUCCUCAAAGUAAGUUGGGACUUAAAUCAAAGAAUUCAAAAGUUACAUUAGAUGAGUUGAAGGAAAAAAAUGAACGUUUACAACAAGAACAAGAAUACCUUAAAUCUAUAUUGAAUGGUGAACUACCUGAACCUGAUGUACGAAUGAAAUUAAGUCAAAUCUUGAACUCAGAACAAAAGGUAAAAAAGCAAGAUAGGAAUUUAUUUUUGACUGUUAAAUCUGGCCUUUAUUCAUGCUCUGCACAUUUUGGGUCAACGUCGUGGCAAUCAUUGUUAGCUUCAAAUCCUCAAUAUUCACAAUUCAUGUAUCAAAUAGCUGCUGUGUUGAAUCAUGCUCGUAUGGAAUAUGAUCGAAGAAAACACACGUUUCAAGGGCUAGCAGCUGGUGAUCCAAGAUUGAAUGGGAUCAGGGCGAAGAUUGUGGAGGGUGCCUUGGGGCUAGCUCAAGUUGAUCUCAAUCAAAUUGGGAUUGAUCUCAUAAGUGAGAUUGAAGCAAGCUUGCCAGCGUAUGGAACCUUGUUGGGAUUACUAGAGAGUUAUUUCUUAUUCAAUAAACAUAGAAAAAUUGGGUUUGUUAUGAUAGAUCAAGAAGAAUUUUUCAAUGAAUUCCAUCAAGUGAUAACAAAAGAUGAAAGUGGACUAGUUAAAAUAACAAUUUCAUUACCUGGAGAAGAAGUGAAAACAUCAUUUUUGUUUUUGUUGGUGUCGAUGAUUACCUGUAUGACUUUCAUAAUGAAUCAAUCUUAUGGGCCAUCAACUUCAUACAAUCAUUUAUUACUUCAUGAACAUUCUGAAGUGCUUUGUUACUAUUCAGCUAUGCUAAUGAAAAGCCUUCAACAAUCACCUUCAUCAAUGAUUGACUUCAAGGUGGGUGAUUUCAAGUACAUGUCACAAAUGUUUCAAGGGAUUGCACAUUUUUUGAUUUUUGAAAGAUACACACCUCAUGGAAGAUUGAUUGAGGUUGAAGAUGCAACAAUGGGGCAUUCAAUCUCCAUUAAAAGAACAUCUGGAAUGAUGAUAGGCUCGGAUUUUUACAAUAGGAUUGAUGAGGUUUUCAAGCACAAGUCGCUAAACUAUAGACGUGGUUUGAAAAGUGCAUGGUUUUUUGCAAUUUUUGUUGAUUCAUGUGAAGCUGUUGAAGUUGGUGUUUUACCUAAAUUUAAACCUGAGGAGCUAAAGAUAAAAGAUGAAGAUAAAAGUAAAUACACUGAAGCUAUUCUUUUGUUGAAUGAAACAAUAACUAAAUAUUUGAGAAAAGAACUGAAAGAUUCAAUGGAAGUUGUGGAACUGAUUUCAAAAGAAUUGGUGCCAAAGAUCAAAGCAUUUUUAAAUAAAAAUUUCCCGUCAAUUGGUCAAGUUGUUGCAUUAUUGAAAACAUUGGACUUGGAAGAUACUUCUAAUGUUGAUACUUUUUUUGAUCUUACAGAGUCAUUUUUGGUUCAAUUGUUAUUUUUAUCCUUGAUUCAGGUGUUGUACAGUGUUUGUUUCAAAAGAUUAGAAGAAAACCAUAGAUUUUCACCACUGCACAAACGUUUCAACUUAUUGUCUUUGAAGUAUUCAUUAUUGAUGUUCUAUUCAGUCCCUGCGUAUUUGGAGUGUCAUCAAAGAGUUUCAACCCAUAAAAACAGUAUUGUUUUCGGUGCUCUACCUGCGCUAUUGGCUAUUUUCCCUCAUUUAAGAUACUCUUUUAGAAGAGCUGCCUUGACUGCUGGUUUGAGAAUCUUUGAAUAUUUCCCUGUUGAUAAACGUACAUUGUUCAGCAGUAUUUAUGAAAAACAUGAUAAACCUGAUGAUGAGAUUUUGAAAGAAAUUUUAGAAAAGGAAAAUUUUCAACCAUUCUUUUCUUUCCAAGACUUGGAAGAUUUCCAAAUUGAUGAAGAUCAUGAAGCUUUGCUGAGUAAAUUUUCAGUGUUGAACAAUUAUAGGUAUUUGAUUUUAUCAUUAGGUAAAGCUGUGAUUGAUUUACAAAAUUGCUUGAGAAGUCAAUAUAUCAACUUGAGCUUUAUUAGAUUAAAUCCUUCAUUUUUCAGAGUUGUGAAGACUUGCAGUAUCUUUUUGAAUGUUGCAUACUCAGAUAUUCAAGAAGUUCCAACAAGUGUCAAUCCAUCCCAAGCCCAAUACUCUCAAAUGCAAUACGUUGAUAAUACUACAGAACCAAAAGACAGAAAUCCGAAUGAUAGAGCACAUCUUUUCCCUGAUCCUUUUGUUCCCCCAGAACCACAACCUGAACUAGAUUUGAGAGGCUUCUUCAAUACCCCGGGAUUGUAUCACCCUGGAAAUGUCGAUGAAUUGUUGUCAUUUGUUCCAAACGGUGGUGCCAACAUGUACAGCUACCAGUGAGGCAACCUUUUUAACCUACUCUAUUUACGUUUUAUGACUCCCUUAAAAU